GACCAAGUGAUCAGUCAGUACAGUGAGACGCAACGAAAACUUGUGACCAAAGCGGGCGGGCAGCUGGAGAAACUCGGCGUACAUAAAAAGCGACAUAAAAAGCUGGACAUUCGGUCUUUUUCUUUCUCUCCUCCACCAUCCACUGAGACGCCAUGGACUGCGGAGUCGCCAAGAUCAUCCUCCUGUUUAUCAGCUUGAUAUUUUGGGCUGCAGGAGCAGGACUGGCCUAUGUCGGUCACUACGUGAUCAAGUCCUUUGGCAGCUUUGAGAAUCUGAUUCAGAAUAAGUCAAAUCUAAUCCCAGCAGCCAUCAUCAUCGGAAUCAGUGUGGUGAUGUUUAUUGUCGGGAUCGUGGGAUGCUGCUCAACCCUCUACGAGUCCAAAUGUGGCCUAAGCUGUUUCUUUCUGAUCAUCAUGUUGAUCUUUGCGGCUGAAGUGACUGCUUUGGUGUUUAGCUUCAUCUACCGCGGCAAGAUCGAUGGACAGCUUGAGGGCCCCAUAAGAGAGUCUCUUUCCAAGUAUAAUGGGGAGAACAACUCUGAGACCGAAGCAGUGGACAGCAUGCAGACUUUGUUAAAGUGCUGCGGUGUCAAGAAUUACACCGACUGGACCAACACCACCUAUUUUUCUACAAACAAAACGCUGCCUUUGUCCUGCUGUAAAAACUCCUCAUCGCCACAGUGCAAUGGCAAACUGGAAGAAUGGCAGCAGUUUAACACUGAGGGUUGUGAGCCCAAGCUGGAGAAGUUCAUACAGGAUGUUCUGACCUACGCCAUGCUGGUCGUUGUUGCUUUUGCCAUCAUCAAGUUUUUUGGGAUGGUGAGUGUGUGUGCGAUAACCUGUAAAAGCCGAAGGAGUGGUUACGAACCCCUCUACGCUUGAAACAGUUCCCGCAACCUCCCACUGUACCACCUCCUCAUUUAGCUCCACUGGGAUUUCUGAGUGCUUGCUCUACAUUGCACAGAAGCAUCUGUUCGUUGUGCUCUUCUAGUUCUAUUUCAGUAAUUACAUGACGAUCAUUGUCUUGAGUCUUAAUGGGGUCAUACCGGAACAUUCCUGCACGAAAGAAAUCUUGGUGAAUCUUUUUGGUUAAUGUGAACGCAGCUCUUUAUUCAUAGUUAUUGUUUUUGUUUUCCAGCUAUGGCUUGGAAUUUUUUCUCUCCUUCAUUUCUUUGGUAUCGUUUUCAAAAUAGUUUAAAUAAUUAUAAAUGUUGUUCGCAGCUCGAUUGUGCUUCCAGCGCAGGCCAUCAUCAUAGCUGCCAUUACAUCAAAGGGGAAAAAAGAUCAAACAAAAGAGAAUGAAUAUGAACAUUUACUCAUGCGCUUGUAAAUCCUGCCGGGCCCUUCCUGCCCUGCUGCAUCUUGUAGAUACUCGCUAAGAGGAAAUUACGCUUUGCAUUUCCACUGUACCUUAAUGAAUGACCUCUGUCCUUGUUUUAAGCUGUAUGUGAUCGUAAACAAAAAGACAGCAGUUAUAUGCCUUAUCUAGGACAGCAGAGUUUAUAACCACCUGCACGAAUGAAUACAUGCAACACUUUAUGGUCAGUUAACUCUGGUAAAUUGAGUUGUAGUUCCACUUUGACUUUUAUUGUGUUUAUUAUAUUUCUAAAUUAAAAAAAGGUGAAUAUC